UUUAAAAUGGCUAGCCCACCUACACCGAAGAUCGAAAUACUGGACGAUGAAGAGAAUAUCGUCAAUUUAGAAGAGGAAACCUUGUCAAAUGGCGUUCCAGCAACUUCCUGCACAAACGGUGCAGAGUUGACUAACUAUGUGCAGUUAUUCGAUCUAUAUCCAGCUAUUGUUCACCGAUGUUCUCGCGAAUUCAAAAAGCCUUAUGGAUUGGUAGAUGAAAUAACCUACAACAAUGGAAAUAUAUACGAAGGGCAAACCAUUAAGGAUAUGCUACAUGGUCGUGGUGAGUUCCUUUGGGAUGAAACAGGUUUGACGUAUAUUGGUGACUUUAAGGAGAAUAAAAUUACUGGGCGUGGGAAAAUUAUUUGGCCAAAUAAAAGUGAAUAUAUCGGCGAUGUGAUUGAUGGGAUCCGAGAUGGGGUUGGCACUUAUACUGACUCUAACGGUCUCCAAUAUACUGGUCAGUGGAAGAAUGGAAAGAAGCAGGGAAAAGGUCGUCUAAACUACACAACUGAUGGUUCUAGUCACUAUGAUGGUGAAUGGAAUUCCGGACUACGUCAAGGUUACGGAGUGUAUCACUACUCUAACCGGGCAACCUAUGAAGGACAAUGGAAAGAUGGUAAACGCCAUGGAGAAGGAACGAUGCACUGGAAAGAUCGUGAUGAAAUUUAUACGGGAAGUUGGAUCAAUGGAAAACAGCAUGGAUUAGGUUGUCAUGCGUGGCAUAUUCUCCGUGUUCGAACAUCACAAUAUUCUUUGCCUAAUGUAUAUGAUGGUCAAUGGGCAAAUGGUAAACGUAAUGGACUCGGAACAUUUCAUUAUCCUAAUGGAUCUAAAUAUGUCGGUUAUUGGAAAGACGAUCUGAAACAUGGAAAAGGUACACUGAUACUUAAAGAUGGACGAAUAUUUGAAAGAACAUUUUACGAGGAUCGUUUAAUAGACUCAGAUUCUAACUCAUUACCACCACCAAGUGCUGAUCAACCAAGUUUAGAGAGAUUAGAUACACGCAUACCAAUUGUAACAGAAUGUUUUUCUAAUCCUGUCGAUAAAACUAAUGUACUCAAGGAUACUUCAGAUAGUAAUUUAUUGGAAAAUUAUCUGAAACCCCAUAUAUCACCGUCAGAUUAUACUCCAUCAGAAUUACAGAAUAUGCAAAAUGUGAUAACCGCUUAUUUGACUCUAUUACGCAGUAUAUAUAGAUUUUAUGGUAAACUUGGUAUUAAACAAUUACCAGAUAAUACAAUUAUACUGCGUUAUGUUCAGUUCUGUCAAUUUUUAAAAGAUUGUAAAUUACACCAACAUACAAGUUUAGCUGCUUUAGACAGAAUAAUUGCUGUAUCUUACGGAUCUGAAGAUUGUGACGAAAUAAGUGUUCAGAAUCCUGAGAAACUAAUCUCUUUCGGAACAUUUGUAAACAUUCUUGUUAUAUUAGCUUGUAACUUGUACACUCAAGAUGAAUGUAACAUGCAUGAAAAAAUAACUAAAAGCAAACCAAGUGAUGCCCUGUUAUAUUUACUAACUCAAGCAAUUAUUCCAAAUGCAUGUAAACUAUCUGGUGUUAUUUAUCAAGAUGUUGAAAAGUCCAAAGAAACUCAUUUAUUUCUACAAUCACUUUAUCAUGCCUAUAAGUUUUUAGUACAAAUUAAAGGAAAAUUUCAGAAUUCAAUACUUCCACCACCGUACACAAUGACUACACGUAAUUUCCUGUUUAUUCUUCGGGAUUUCAAUUUGUUAAGCCGAAAGCUUACAGUUAAAGAUGUUCUUGAAGCAUUGUGUAAAUGUAAUCCAGUAGUUGGAACAUUAGAUGAAUAUAAUGCUGAUACUGAGCUUACUUUUUUCGAUUUUUUCGAAGCUCUUAUUGAAUGUACGCUGAUUUUGAUGUUAAAAAAAGAUGAACCAGAUAUAGGAUCUGUAGAUGAUAAAAUAAAAACUGUUACACCAGAUUUAACUAUUAAACAAACUAGAAGACUAUCGCAUAGGCCAAGUACUUCAAGACAAUUAAAAAUUAAUGCUGGUAAAAAACAAAAAGAAAAAAAGAACAAAACAAAACGAGUUGCUGAAAGUCGAAAAACCAGUAUAUCACCGGAAAUAGAAAAGUCUGACAAUCAAAAGGAACCACUAGAUGUGGUUGAUCAAGAAGAACAAUUACCACAACAAAAACCAGAAUUAGACAAGACAAGUUCACCAGUACAAUAUGAAUUUGAAACGUGGGAAUCAUGCAUGAAAAGUUUUCUGAAUAAAUUUCUACAAUCGGUUGAAGAGCUACAAACUCUGUACAGCAGGAUUUAUCACUUAAAUCAAUCAACAAAAUAUUUAACUCGUUUAACAGUAGAUUAG